AUGGCGGAAUCUAUCACGACACAGAGCAGUCCAGGCGUGGUCAAGGAGUUCCUGGUUGGCACCUCGGGGGGUGUCACCCAGGUCAUUAUUGGCCAACCGUUCGACAUCGUCAAGGUCCGCAUGCAAGUCCAGGCAAACAAGUCCGCCAUCCAAGUCGCUCGGGACAUCUGGAAGCACGAGGGGGCCCUGGCCUUCUACAAGGGAACCCUCCCGCCGCUGCUCGGGGUCGGAGCCUGUAUCAGCAUCGUCUACUCAACCUUCCACACAAUCUCCCAGGCCAUCCACUCCCUCAAUGACAACACCGCAACCCCCACCCUAACAUCCACCCAAACCUACCUCGCCGGCGGCCUCUCCGGCCUCGCCAACAGCGUCAUAUCAGGACCCACUGAGCACAUCCGAAUCCGCCUGCAGACGCAAUCUACUCCAAGUCCUGGUUCAGUUCCAGGUGCUGGUCCUGGCUCAGGUUCAGGCGUCUAUGGCUGCAUCCGGGCUAUCCACUCCCAGGCCGGGUUCCGGGGCCUCUACCGUGGCCAGACACCCACCAUGCUCCGCGAGUUCGGCAGCUAUGGCGUCUGGUUCUGUGUGUACGAGGGGCUUCUUUCCCGGUUGACCGGGGCAAGCCCUGGCGCAGAUACACCCGCCGCCUCCAUUUCCAGUUCCACUCGCACUGCCUCCACCAGACUCAGCCCUGACACAGAUACACGCACAGACGCCGCCUCCAAUAACAGCCCACGCAGAGAAGACCUCCCCACGUGGCAAAUUGCAUCGUGUGGCGCCAUCACAGGCCUGGUGCUGUGGUCUGUCAACUACCCGUUCGACGUCGUCAAGAGCAAGAUGCAGGCGGACGGGUUUGGGGCUGGGAGGCGGUAUGUCAACCUGAGGGAUGUUGUGAGGCAGACCUGGAGGGUGGAGGGGGUGAAGGGGUUCUUUAGGGGAUUGGGGCCGACGCUUUUCAGGGCUGUGCCUGUUUCUGGCGGGACUUUUGUUGUGGUUGAGCAGGUGAGGAAGAUUAUAUAG